UAUCAGCUUAGCUUUUCAUUGCAAUACCUUCACACAAAUUAUAUCUUCUUCAGAGAACUCUUACGCACCCCGUCUAAAUCUCCCAAAAUGAAGCAAUGGGUAGAGAUAGUGUUCAUCCCAUCCCCAGGCAUUGGCCACCUCGUGUCGACGGUGGAGUUGGCAAAGCUCCUCCUGUCUCGAGAUGACCGACUCUUAAUCACUGUCCUCAUCAUGAAGUUUCCGUUCAGCUCAGACCCCAUUGAUGCCUACAUUGAGUCCUUCGCGGACUCAUCCAUAUCACACCGGAUCAAGUUCAUCAACCUCCCACAACAGAAUAUCGAGACACAAGGUAAUAGCACCAUCAACUUCUUGAACUUCAGUGGCACUCAGAAAACCAAUGUUAAAGAUGUUGUCGCCAAACUCAUCGAGUCCAAGACCGAGACUCGACUCGCCGGGUUUGUCAUCGACAUGUUUUGCACAUCCAUGAUCGAUGUAGCCAACGAAUUGGGGGUUCCUACCUACGUGUUCUUCACUUCCAGCGCAGCCUCUCUAGGGGUCUUGCUCCACCUUCAAGCACUUCGUGAUGACCAAAACAAAGACUAUCUUGAGUUUAACGACUCCACUGCUGAUUUGGUAAUUCCGAGUUACGCCAAUCCAUUGCCUGCUAGAGUCUUGCCCGGUAUCCUUUUCGAAAAGGAGGGAGGAAACGGUUUUCUCAACUUAGCCAAAAGGAUUAGAGAUGUCAAGGGUAUUCUCAUAAAUACAAUGACAGAGCUGGAGUCGCAUGCCCUUCUUUCUCUCAGUUCCGAUGGCAAGCUCCCUCCGGUGUAUCCGGUGGGACCUAUACUCAACGUGAAGAGCGAUGACAACAAUGACCAAGUGGAUUCGAAGCAGUCGAAGCAGACGUCUGAUAUCUUGAAAUGGCUCGAUGAUCAGCCUCCGUCGUCUGUAGUGUUUCUAUGCUUCGGGAGCAUGGGAAGCUUCAGUGAAGACCAGGUGAAAGAGAUAGCCCGCGCAUUGGAGCAGGGAGGGUUUCGGUUUCUGUGGUCACUGCGUCAGCCUCCACCCAAGGGAAAGAUUGGCGUUCCCAGUGACUAUGCCGAUCACACGGGGGUGUUACCUGAAGGGUUCCUUGAUCAGACGGCGGGAGUCGGAAAAGUUAUAGGCUGGGCGCCGCAAGUUGCCAUCUUAUCCCAUCCAGCAGUUGGAGGUUUCGUCUCUCAUUGCGGGUGGAAUUCAACUCUGGAGAGCUUGUGGUUUGGAGUGCCGGUUGCCACAUGGCCCUUGUAUGCUGAGCAGCAACAAAAUGCUUUCCAGCUAGUGAGGGAACUAGGGAUAGCCGUGGAAAUUGAUAUGAGCUAUAGGAAGGAUGGUCCAAUUGUUGUGACUGCAGAGAAAAUUCAGAGUGGAAUAAAGGAGCUGAUGGACCUCGAUAGUGAUAUAAGGAAAAGGGUGAAACAAGUGAGUGAUAAUAGCAAGAAAGCUUUGAUGGAUGGGGGUUCCUCAUAUGCUUCAUUGGGACACUUCAUUGAUCAAAUUUAAAGCUUAUGUUGAUCACAUUCGGGAUCGAUCGGAAAGCUUUGUUAUUAUUAUGAAAUAUGAGCUAGCAUGGUGAAUAAAGGAAUACGGAGUUCUCUAUUUGGAGAAAGUGCAUGUUAUAGUGUUUUUGCUUAUUGAGUCUCUAUGUUUAGUAAGCGAGAUGCUCUAUAUGGAAAUCUUUUGAUAUUUUCUUAUGUAUAUAGAAGCUUGGUGAAAUGAAGUCUUUGAAGAAAUUGUCUUUCA